UUCAAAGUAGCAGAACCUGACCCAGCGUCUCGGGAACUGCUGCCUCCAAAACAAGGCGGCAAGAUGGCGUUUAGUGCCAGGCAACUUAUCAUCUUUGGCCUCGUUGUGACUGCAUUUUAUUUGACUAGUGGGAGUCCGACGAGGGAAUUUGCAGGCGAGAAAGAGGUUGAGUCCGACCUUGCUGAUGUUACCGAUGAACAGGAAUCAGGCGUGCUAGGUCGCUUGUGGUCCAGCCUAAGCACUCUAACGGGUCUUAAAAGGAGGGACACAGGCGACCGACUUGAUAGAUUCCGACGAGACCUUCUCACCAGCUGGCACCAUAAUAUAAAAACGCUCACGCAUGCCAGUAGAAGAUACCGAAGAAGCCUCGAGGAUGGAAUAAUCACGGAUACUGAAGGUUACUGGUUACUUAAUAACCUUGAUUCUAAUGUUCUUCCUCGACUGAAGUCCUUUAGUGCUCCUGCUGGUAUAAACUCUAUGACCAUAUUCGAGCAUCAAGCCCGUUUGUUCUGGGUAGCUACACAUGGUACUGGAAUCACCGUUUACUACCUUGAUAUGAGUACGGAUGCAUUUGAGCAAGCAACGAUUGUAAGUAGAGGAGCUUCUAAGUGUGUGCCAGUAAUGAAGACGCAGAGUUUUAUAGAGAUGGUUUGUGCAGAAAAUCUUGAUGAUGGAGACAAGAUGGGCAGCGGUGCCUAUACCAUAACUUGGACUAACGGCCUUGAAGUCAAACUAGCAAGAACUUUGCCAACACGAGCGGCAAAGGAUGUCACUUCCUGGGAAACUAGCGACGGCGUAUUUAUUGCCUUUGCAAAUUCCUUCAAUACCAAAUUAAAUACAGUAGAGUGCAUCAGUGACAUCUACCAACUAGAGACGGCUGUAACCUCCAAAGGCACCUACACCAACUAUGACAAGCUCGACACGGCAGAUUUCUUUACAAAGAAUGCACGUAGCCUAGAGGCCUUCAAGAUCAUGACUAGGCAGUUUGUAGCAGUGGCAAAUCAUAUGGAUGAUAAAGGCAAUGUGGAGAUAGACAGCGAGAUCUUCAUCUACGACGUCCACUAUGCACGCAUGAGGCCUUUCCAGCGCAUCCGGACGAGUGCUGCUAGGGACUGGGCUUCAUUCUACUUUUCGAACGGAAAGAAAUCCGAGCACUUCUUGGCAGUUGCUAACGAAUAUAGCAUUGAUGCAGGUGGCAGGAAAAACUACAACAUUGACUCGGUCAUCUAUAGGUAUGACGAAGCCAGUGAGAAAUUCUUGCCUUUCCAGUGCAUCCCAACCCAAGGUGCAUACCAGUGGAUUACUUACAAGGGAGAGCAUGGUGAAGUAGUGCUGGGUGUAGUGAACAGUGCAUCUGGUGUGGCCUUGUACCAGUACAACGGGUGGCGCUUCGUCAGGCUAAAUAUCCCCAUACCAGCUCCAGGAGUAGAAUGGGCAUGGAUUGGAAACCUGCCAAAUACCUUGAACAAGGCCCUCUUCAUGAUGUCGACAAGCCAGGCUAACCCACGACCAGCCUCCUCUUACCUGGAGUUUACAUACCAGAAUCCACUUGGGACUUACCACAAUGCCACUGCUGAAUGGUGCUCUGCAUACAAGACUGAAAUGGCCACUGAUGGGCUGUCACAACUUGUUUUGGAUGUACAACAGGCCCCCAAAACCAACGAAAGCCAUACUUUCACGAAACAUGUACACAUCGAUGGUAGCCUUACUCUUCCUGCAGGCCCGGCAGUAUCUGAAGUAAAAGAUAUCCUGUGUCAGUCUGAACCCACGGUGGUAGACUACAAAUUCCAUGAUGACACAAGGAUCCUGAUUGACGACCGGAAAGCUCUCGAGCUUCGGCUUGCAGGUGUUAGCAACACCGUCUCCCAAUCCAGAUCCAUUAACAACCCAGACUUGGAUGGACUUCACUUUGCUCAUCUGGUUACUACAUGCAGUACACCAGGAUGUGUUGCCAGUUCGGUAGAAUCUCUGACGGCCACUACGGUCAAUGGUGUUGUAGCAUCAUAUGAUGGCAUUGCCCUACUGGAUAACACGAAUGUGAAGCUGAACCUAACCUUUGCUGAAGUAGCAGUAGCAGGAGGUGCUGUAGCCUUUGUAGACAAUAUAAAGGCUGAUGACACGCCCGUCAUUCCCAUGAGCGAGCUAGUAACCCUCCACCAGGACCACACCAUAACUGCAAAUGUUGCCUUUGACAAGGUUCUGACGGACAACAUGCUAGUGUCUGGUACAGUUGAUGCCUUGACUGUGGACGAUUCUACUCUUCUACUGACCUAUGGUGAACAAACUGUAAAUGGACUGGUAACAGUGGAUGGUGCUGAUACUACACUAAUAAGCACUACAAAUGUCAAUGGCAGGAACUUCAAUGAUUUUGUAGCUUCUCUCAUUGUGAAUGGCACCACGGAUACCUUUGAAGGAUUACUGGAAGUGGGCGACGAUCUUGUAGCACCCAACAUCAUUACUGUGGAAGACAUGACCCCCCUUAACCCUGUUGAUGUAAAGGCUCGUGCACUCCUUCACACCACUACAGCCACCCAAGUGGUUACAGGGCUCCAUACUGUUGGCAGCCUGGAGGCCACUAAUGGAGUUUGGUUUGACAACCUGAAUGGUGUUUUGGUGCCAGAUGAUGUAUUCCUCAAGGAUGAAACGGUGACGAUAUCGGUUCCCACUACUUUCGACUCUAUCUCGGCACAGAGCAUACAAGUAACAAAUGCCAUGAAUGAUGUCAAGCAAGUGGGAGGUAGCUUGGAAUUCCUCUUGCUCCACAAGGAUGCAACUCUUUCAAAGAAGACUUUCACUAGUUUAACACUGGAGAAGGACUCUACUGUGGCCAACCUAGUGGCUGGCUACGACUUGGAUUACCUAGCAACAGGACUUCAUGAACAGUUCUUGAACGACCUUAAUGCUGGAAGAGCUGUGAAUGGCUCGGUGAUCUUUGAGAAGGAACUGGAGGUUACUAGUGACAAGAUCCAUGGUGUUAGUAUCAGUAAGAUCAGGGAUACAGCCGUUCCCCUCACUGCCACCAGCUUGACUACUGCUCUGACCUUUGAAAAGCCUGUCUCGAUUAAUGGUGCCUUGACUGUUUCGUCAACCAUUAAUGGAGUUGGAAAGGAUGAUUACGUACUCCUAAAUUCUGACCACACCAUUGUCUCUCCCAAGACUUUUGUGUCAGAUAUGGAAUGUCGUGAAGAUGUGACGGCAGGUCUGGUCAGUGGUUAUGACCUGGCCGAAUUUGCAGGCGAUGUAGUGCUCAAGAAGGGUUCUGCACAAAACAUUCUCCAAGACUUGUCAAUGACUUCAGCAGAUGUGAAUGGUGACCUGAAUGUAGCUGGCCAAAUAACCAUUGGAGGUGUCAACUUUGACAGUGUCGUCGCUCUUAAUGCAACUGAAACCGUGACAGGCCAGAAGACUUUCACAAGUGUAGAAGUAACUUCUUCAACAUCUGCUGGUGCUGUUAAUGUGGGUAACUUUGGAACUGUUGAUGGAGUAGUGAUCAAAGAAAUCUUCUUCGAUGACAGCCUGAGGAAAUCCGUGUCUACAACCCAGGAGUUGGUUGGUAGGACCAUGAACACCAUAGUAGCGGAUAAUGCUGAAGGAACUGACCUCUCUGCAUUUGAACGGAAGGUUGUGUACAAGGAUACAACGGAGACCAUUUCUGGUGGCUUAACACUUGGUGGCUCGGUUUCGGUAGCCUCUUUGAACUUCGAAAGUGACUUUGAUGGGGUCUCGGAACAAGCAUACAAGUCUGCUUGGCUCCUAAAGGAAGGUCCCCAGACUCUGACUGGAACCAACUCCCUGACAAAUGUUGCUGCAUCUGCUGUGACUUUCCAAGGAACCUACAUUGAUAGUGUAGACAUUGGCCGCUUGCACACCAUGACUGCCAAGAUUGAUGAACAAACCACCCUGAACUCUACAACAUUUGUUGAGGUGGAGUCGCUCUCUCCCAUUACGUUGGAUGGAACUAUCCAGGGAUGGCAUCUUCAUGAGCAGGCCUUGCAGUCGUCGUUAACACAUCAAAGGGUUACUGGCAAGAAGAGGUUUACACAGCCCAUCCACAUCAAAAACAGUGCCACUGUAAAUGAAUUUGUAAUUGUUCCUAGAGUAGGUGGUGGACAACCCCUGGUGCUUGAAAUGAGCCAGUUCUGUAGCUCCUUCAUGCAGAAUGGAAAGCUCAUGGGAGACCUUGUAGUAAAUGGUAAUGCAGUGUUCAAUAAGGACUUGGAUAUCAGCAAUUCCUUCAACAAUGAGAAUGUUGCAACCCUUGCCAGUGUAUUUUGGUUGAGUGACAUGGAUAACACUGUAUCUAGUGUAAAGGACAUGGAUAGUGCCGAGGUCACUGGGAAUGCAAACAUCAUAAUGAAGGGGUUGAUAAAUGGUGAGGACUUCUCUACCUUGGCAGAGGAUGUUCUAAAGAACACUUGUACAGAGCAAAGGGUAACUGCAUCUUGGAGUCUGGAUAACCUUGAAGCUUCUAGCUUGCAAGCAGACACGGUUACAAAUACUCUACAGGAUUCGGAUGUGUUUGACCUUGAAAGGAUCCUGAGAACAGACAAGACCCAAACCAUUUCUGGUGCCAAGACCUUCCCAGAAGUCCAGGUCACAG